UAUAAAUCCGCAGCGGCCGCCUCCGCCCCCAAACCCUCGCGCUUUGCCCCCAUCUCCGCCCCGCCGCUGCAGCGCUCCGCCUCCCUCCCCCUCGCACCCGCAGGCUAGGGUUCACCUCUAGAGACGGCACCAUGUUGGUCUACCAGGAUCUGCUCACCGGCGACGAGCUGCUCUCGGACUCGUUCCCGUACAAGGAGAUCGAGAACGGCGUGCUCUGGGAGGUCGAGGGCAAGUGGGUCGUCCAAGGAGCAGUGGAGGUGAACAUUGGUGCCAACCCGUCUGCCGAGGGUGGCGAGGAUGAGGGCGUAGACGAUCAGGCUGUGAAGGUUGUGGACAUUGUCGACACCUUCCGUCUACAGGAACAACCUGCCUUCGAUAAGAAGCAGUUUGUCACAUUUAUUAAGCGCUACAUAAAAAACCUCACCGCCAAGCUGGAGCCGGAGAAGGCUGAUGAGUUCAAGAAGGGCAUUGAGGGUGCCACCAAGUACCUUCUUGGCAAGUUGAAGGACCUACAGUUCUUUGUUGGCGAGAGCAUGCAUGACGAUGGGAGUCUCGUGUUCGCGUACUACAAGGAAGGAGCCACCGACCCGACCUUCCUCUACUUUGCGCAUGGCCUGAAGGAGAUCAAGUGCUAGGUGCCCCUGACCAUACGGGUGUUAUCGUGUUCUUAAUUUGUCUGGUUUUGUUCGUAUUGUGCUGAGAAACAUUGUGCUGAGAAACGGUUGUCGGCUUUUACCACCAAAAGAUACUCUUACUUUCUGGAUGUGAUCUGUUACUCUGUGUUUCUG